AAUUUACAAAUUGAUAAGGACCUCGAAAUUUCUAGGGUUUGUGAUUCGUUCGGAUUCUAAUGGGGAAGAAGCGAAAAUCCGAGGCCACGCGGCUCGAUGAGGUUGAUCGAACCAUGUAUGGCGCGUUUCGAGGUGCUGCUAAUUCGCUCUCUCAGCUCUAUACACAUGCCAUGAAUCACCAGAACGUCUCUUUCCUAGCCGGUGAACGUCGCGGCAUGGAGAAACUUUACCAAUGGAUCGUGAGACAAGAAGAACAAGGAACUAGAGUAUCCACAGUUGAUAUUACUACCUACUUGCAGAAUGCGCUUGAAUAUGAACCUGAGGAGACGUCGAUACCACUCCCCAUGCAAGAGUUUCAUCAGCACCAAUUCGCUCCACCAAACGUAAAUACUUCAGUAGCUCAUGUUCCUUCAAGUCCCAUAGCACAACAAUACUAUGAUUGUAACCAAGAGAAAAUCUUGAUUCAACCAAAUGGUCUCUCAAGUCCGGUUCGAAGAACCCUUCAGGAAUUCAACUUGUGUGAGGCUGAGUCUGGUAAUAACCACAAUCCAAUCUCUACAGGUGAAGACUUAUCUUACUGAAAAAAUCUUAUUUCAUUUGCCAACAAAAAAUGAAAACAAAAUCAUUCCAUUGUAAAGUCUCAAUUGUUUGUGUGGUAAAGUAUUGUCUCAUGUAAUACACAAAACACUUGUUCCUAAUCUUUCAAAGAAAUUGGAUGAAUAUGA